UCCACUCCUAAGCUUCUCACAGAAAAUGGAGGAACUGGUGUAUGCUGGGACCAAACUCUCCCACUCGAUCGCUGCAAGCCACCAGAUAUCAACUAAAAAACAGCGGCCCCCACAACCACCAAAGACUGCAGGCCCAGCUCUCCCUCCUCCUCCUGUGAGAGCUCUCCGACCGCUGCCACAACGCCAGGGCCCAGACCCUCCUCCAUCGGAUGUUGCUUUUAAGGCCUCGUGCAUUUUCUUGAGUUGGGUGAGUAAUGGGAUGCUAAGUGAAUGGAGUUUAUAUAAGGUCUCCAGUUCUAUCUGUUGGCAGACACAAAGACAGAAGACACCUUCCACCUGAGUCGCACCAUCUGAAAUGGAGGCCCAGCUUCUACAACAACAAACAUACCACAACUGGAUAGCGAUGGGAUUCGGAUUGAUGUGAUUUGCCUGAUUGUUACUGAUUAAACCAAUAGCACCCCAUCUGAUUUUAAUGUGCACAGAGACACUGUGAUAUAGGUGGAGACAUGCUUUCGAUUCUCAUAUAAGUAGAGAGGGAGUGUAGAUGUCAUGGAUGCCCUAAGUGUGACACUCUGCUUUGGUGAUGAAUCCAUAUACCUGAGGAGACUGA